GUUUGGAGCGAACACCAACGGAGAGACACGUGCGGCGAGGGCGCUGUCGUCUCCCUGCAAAUGAGCAUCCAGCCACUACCCUGCACCACCCACCCACCAGCCACCCACCAGCAGCAGCAAGCAGAUCAACCCAAGAAGCACCUCCAAGCUUGGCUGGCUGGAGCGUGCGGGCGAGCGGGGAGCUCCGUUUGUAUUCACAGCAAAGCCUGGGGUUGGCUGCUGGAAGCGGCAGUCCACGAACAAUCACGCAGUGAGUGAGGUUUCCAUAACCCACCCACCCCCCUUCUGCAUAGGAUUACAAUAUAUGGGAUAGCAGCAGUCGUAGUGGUAUUGUUGUGAGUAACGCUGCACUAUACAGGUAUAUAAGAGAGGGUUAUUUUUGCACAGGAGCAGCAUUCUUAGGAAGGUUUUUUGUAAGGGUGUGGUUUUUUUUUUACGCUAAAGCCAUCAUCAUCAGCACUGCUGCCCUUCGCGCUGUGUCACGCAAAUACCGUGUGUGUUCGCGUGUAGAGGCUCGGAAAGCCCGUCUCGUAUCCGCAUAGCAACAUGGCGCUGUGAUAGCUGCUGCAUUUGAACUACGCCUCACACUCUGCGGCAACGGAAGUGGGUUAAUGCAGAGCCCGGAGCUGCCGAGCGGUGGUGGCUACAGCAGCAGCGGCAGGGGAAACAGCAGCGCCGUCAACGGAGGCCGCGACAUCCAGAGAAAUGAUGACUGCGCCGGGGCCGGACUCCUUGCGCCUCUUCACCAAGGAGACCUUGGUGGAGAUGGAGGCGCGCAUCACCGAAGAGAAAGCGAAGGCUCCUAAGGAGGACACGCGUCGUGACGAUGAUGGGCCCAAGCCCAAUAGUGAUCUGGAGGUGGGCAAGUCCUUGCCGCUCAUCUACGGCGACGUCCCCUCCAAAUUAAUCGCCACGCCCCUGGAGGACCUGGAUCCAUUCUACCUGAACAGGAAGACGUUCAUCGUGCUCAACUCCGGGAAGGCGAUUUUCCGGUUUAGCGCCACGCCUGCGCUCUACAUGCUCAGCCCCUUCAGCAUCUUGCGGAGGAUUGCCAUCAAGAUCCUAAUCCACUCCUUGUUCAGCAUGAUCAUCAUGUGCACCAUCCUGACGAACUGCGUGUUUAUGACGAUGAGCGAUCCGCCGGCCUGGUCCAAGCAGGUGGAGUACACGUUUACGGGGAUCUACACCUUCGAGUCGAUGGUCAAGAUCUUCGCGCGAGGAUUCGCAAUCGAUGGGUUCACGUUCCUGCGCGACCCCUGGAACUGGCUUGACUUCAUGGUCAUCUCCAUGGCGUACGUCACGGAGUUUGUGGAUCUGGGGAACGUAUCUGCACUCAGGACAUUCCGGGUGCUGAGAGCGCUGAAGACCAUCUCCGUCAUCCCAGGCCUCAAGACCAUCGUGGGGGCGCUGAUCCAGUCGGUGAAGAAGCUGUCGGACGUAAUGAUCCUCACCGUCUUCUGCCUGAGCGUGUUCGCCCUCAUCGGCCUGCAGCUCUUCAUGGGGAACCUGCGGCACAAGUGUAUCCGCUGGCCGGUGCCCUAUGGCAUCGUCAUCAACGGGACAGAGUCUGGCAACGGCUCCAUCAACGCCGAGAACUUCUCCGUGUGGUCGAACUUCGACGAGUACAUCAGCAAUGACAUGAACCAGUACUUCGUGGAGGGAGCGCUCGACGCCCUGCUGUGCGGCAACGGCAGCGACGCGGGGACGUGCCCGGAAACCUUCACGUGCAUGAAGGCUGGGAGGAACCCCAACUACGGCUACACGAGCUUCGACACCUUCAGCUGGGCCUUUCUGUCUCUCUUCCGCCUCAUGACGCAGGACUUCUGGGAGAACCUCUACCAGCUGACGCUGCGCGCCGCAGGCAAGACCUACAUGAUCUUCUUCGUGCUCGUGAUCUUCCUGGGCUCGUUCUACCUCGUCAACCUCAUCCUCGCCGUCGUCGCCAUGGCCUACGAGGAGCAGAACCAGGCGACGCUGGAGGAGGCCGAGCAGAAGGAGCGCGAUUUCCAGCAGAUGCUCGAGAACCUACACCGGCAGCAGGAGGAGCAGCAGCAGCAGGCCCAUGAUCUAGCGGCGGCCGCGGCCGGCAGUGUGCCAUGCAUCGCCGGCGAGGGGACGGUGUCACGCAGCUCCUCCGAGAUGUCUCGGCUCAGCUCCAAGAGCGCCAAGGAGCGGCGCAACCGGCGACGCAAGCGGCGGCAGACGGAGGGCGGCCUCCUCGACGGCUCCGAGAAGGGCGACCUGGAGAAGCUGCACAAGUCCGAGUCGGAGGACAGCAUCAAGCGCAACCAGGAGAACCUGCUGCACGAGAACCGCCUCCUGUUCAAGAAGAAGGGGUCCGCGUCACACGGGUCGCUGCUGAGCAUCGGGCGCGGUUCGCCCUUCACGCCGUCGCACCGGCGCAGCAGCCGCGGCAGCGUCUUCAGCUUCCGCUUCCGGGCGCGCGACCGCGGCUCCGAGAAUGACUUCGCCGAUGACGAGCAGUCGGAGCUGCACAGCCAGGCGGGCAGCCGCCGCGGCUCCCUCUUCUUCCCGCACCUCGCCGAGCGGCGCAGCAGCGCGCACAGCGCCGCGGGGCGCCCCAACGCACUGCUGGCCGCGCCGCUCGCCACCAACGGCGGGCGCGCCAUCGAGCACCACAGCUCGGUCGACUGCAAUGGCGUGGUGUCGCUCAUGGAGGGAGGCGGCAAGCCGGACGGGAGGUCACCGACGUUGGGAUACCUGCUGCCCGAGGUGAUCGUGGACAAGGCGUCCAAGGAGGAUUAUACCACGACGCCGGACAGCGAGGUGGUGAAGAAGCGGCGCUCGGCGUCUCGGCUGCCGUCUAUGGACCUGCUGGAGGAGCCGCCGAUGAGGCAGCGCACGGCGAGCGCCAUCAGCGUCCUCACCAACACCAUGGAGGCGGAGCUCGAGGAAUCACGCAAGAAGUGCCCCCCGUGCUGGUACAAGUUCUCCAACGUCUUCCUCAUCUGGGACUGCUGCCCAAUGUGGCUGAAGAUCAAGAGGAUCGUGCUCAUCAUCGUCAUGGACCCCUUCGUAGACCUCGCCAUCACCAUCUGCAUCAUGCUCAACACCCUCUUCAUGGCCCUGGAGCACUACCCCAUGACGCCGCACUUCAAGGACGUCUUGACCGUCGGCAAUCUGGUCUUCACAGGCAUCUUUACGGCCGAGAUGUUCCUCAAGCUCAUCGCCAUGGACCCCUACUUCUACUUCCAGGAGGGCUGGAACAUCUUCGAUGGCUUUAUUGUUUCGCUCAGCCUCAUGGAGCUGGGCCUGCAGGAUGUGGAGGGCCUUUCCGUGCUUCGCUCCUUCCGACUGCUGAGGGUGUUCAAGCUGGCCAAGUCGUGGCCGACGCUCAACAUGCUCAUCAAGAUCAUCGGUAACUCGGUGGGCGCCCUGGGCAACCUGACGCUGGUGCUCGCCAUCAUCGUCUUCAUCUUCGCUGUCGUCGGCAUGCAGCUCUUCGGCAAGAUGUACAAGGAGUGCGUGUGCCGCAUCGCGAUCAACUGCGAGCUGCCACGCUGGCACAUGCACGACUUCUUCCACUCGUUCCUCAUCGUGUUCCGUGUGCUCUGCGGCGAGUGGAUCGAGACCAUGUGGGACUGCAUGCAGGUGGCCGGCCAGGCCAUGUGCCUCAUCGUCUUCAUGAUGGUCAUGGUCAUCGGCAACCUCGUGGUGCUGAACCUGUUCCUGGCUCUGCUGCUGAGCUCGUUCAGCGCGGACAACCUGGCGGCGACAGACGAUGACGGGGAGAUGAACAACCUGCAGAUCUCCAUGCAACGCAUCCACAUCGGCAUCGCGUGGCUCAAGGUCUUCAUGCGCGCCUUCUUCGCGAAGCACUUCAAGAAGAACAAGAUGGACGACGAGGACGUCAAGGUCCUCGACGAAGACACGAAGGAGCAGUGCAACCUGAACCACACCUCGGUGGACAUUGGCCGUGGCGACGAGGAAAUGGCGGGGCACGUGGACACCACCGGCCUCUACCCCCGCAUGGUGCCCAUCGCCGUGGGCGAGUCCGACUUCGAGACGCGCGACACCGAGGACCAGACGAGCGAGUCCGACCUCGACGGCAGCAAAGAGAUCCUGAACGAUAUGAGCUCGUCGGAGGGCAGCACGGUGGACAUCAAGAAGGAUGGCGAGGAGGUGGAGGUGCUGCCCGAGCAGAUGGACGAGAUCGUGGAGCCCGACGCCUGCUUCACUGACGGCUGCGUCGCUCGCUUCAAGUGCUGCCAGGUGUCCACCGAGGAGGGCAAGUGGCGCACCUGGUGGAACGUUCGCAAGACCUGCUACCGCAUUGUGGAGCACAACUGGUUCGAGUCGUUUAUCAUAAUCAUGAUCCUGCUCAGCAGUGGUGCCCUGGCCUUUGAGGACAUAUACAUCGAGCGAAGGAAGACGAUCCAGACGGUGCUGGAGUACGCGGACAAGGUCUUCUCGUACAUCUUCGUGGUGGAGAUGCUGCUCAAGUGGGUGGCGUACGGCUUCCAAAAGUACUUCACCAAUGCCUGGUGCUGGCUCGACUUCCUCAUCGUUGACGUGUCUUUAGUCAGUCUUACAGCUAAUGCACUGGGCUACUCGGAGCUAGGGGCUAUUAAGUCCCUUAGGACUCUGAGAGCACUGAGACCUCUAAGGGCCUUGUCGCGGUUUGAAGGGAUGAGGGUGGUGGUGAACGCCCUGGUGGGAGCCAUCCCCUCCAUCAUGAACGUGCUGCUCGUGUGCCUCAUCUUCUGGCUCAUCUUCAGCAUCAUGGGCGUCAACCUAUUCGCUGGCAAGUACUGGAAGUGCGUCAAUACGACGGACGGCGAGAUGAUGCUGCUGUCGCAGGUCAACAACCACUCGGACUGCAUCAACGUCAACUCCUCGGGCGACUUGCGCUGGGUCAACGUCAAGAUCAACUUCGACAACGUGGGCUCGGGGUACUUGGCGCUGCUGCAGGUGGCCACUUUCAAAGGCUGGAUGGACAUCAUGUACGCGGCGGUCGACUCGAGAGAUGUGGAGUUGCAGCCUGUCUACGAGGGCAACAUCUACAUGUACAUCUACUUCGUCAUCUUCAUCAUCUUCGGUUCCUUCUUCACACUCAACCUUUUCAUCGGUGUCAUCAUCGACAACUUCAACCAGCAGAAGAAAAAGUUUGGAGGUCAGGAUAUCUUCAUGACGGAGGAGCAGAAGAAAUACUACAAUGCCAUGAAAAAGCUGGGCUCCAAGAAGCCUCAAAAACCGAUCCCGAGGCCCAUGAACAAGUUCCAGGGCAUGGUGUUCGACUUCGUGAUGAAACAGGCCUUCGACAUUGCCAUCAUGAUCCUCAUCUGCCUCAACAUGGUGACCAUGAUGGUGGAGACGGACGACCAGAGCGAUGAGAUGGAGAACACGCUCUACAAGGUCAACAUGGUCUUCAUCGUCAUCUUCACUGGCGAGUGUGUCUGCAAGAUGCUGGCGCUGCGCCACUACUACUUCACCGUCGGCUGGAACGUAUUCGACUUUGUCGUGGUCAUCCUGUCCAUCCUGGGAUUGAUGCUGGCCGAUCUCAUUGAGAAGUACUUCGUGUCGCCGACGCUGUUCCGCGUCAUCCGCCUCGCUCGUAUUGGCCGCAUCCUGCGUCUGAUCCGCGGGGCAAAGGGCAUCCGCACGCUGCUCUUCGCUCUCAUGAUGUCGCUACCCGCACUCUUCAACAUCGGCCUGCUGCUCUUCCUCGUCAUGUUCAUCUACUCCAUCUUCGGCAUGUCAAACUUCGCCUACGUCAAGAAGGAGUCGGGCAUCGACGACAUGUACAACUUCGAGACGUUCGGGAACAGCAUGAUCUGCCUCUUCAUGAUCACCACGUCGGCCGGGUGGGACGGCCUCCUCAACCCCAUCCUCAACAGCGCCGUGCCAGACUGCGACCCACAGUUUGACAACCCGGGCACGAACUACACCGGCGACUGUGGCAACCCCAUGGUGGGCAUCAUCUUCUUCGUGAGCUACAUCAUCAUCUCCUUCCUCAUUGUUGUCAACAUGUACAUCGCCAUCAUCCUCGAGAACUUCAGCGUGGCCACGGAGGAGAGCGCCGAGCCGCUGAGCGAGGACGACUUCGAGACGUUCUACGAGGUGUGGGAGAAGUUCGACCCGGACGCGACGCAGUUCAUCGACUUCGAGCGCCUGCCGGACUUUGCCGACGCGCUCGAGGAUCCCCUGCGCAUCGCAAAGCCCAACCGGAUCAAGCUAAUCACAAUGGACCUGCCCAUGGUCAACGGUGACCGCAUUCACUGCCUCGACAUCCUCUUCGCGUUCACCAAGCGCGUGCUGGGCGAGGGCGGCGAGAUGGACAUGCUCCGCGAGCAGAUGGAGGAGCGCUUCAUGACGGCCAACCCGUCCAAGGUGUCCUACGAGCCCAUCACGACGACGCUGCGCCGCAAGCAGGAGGAGGUGGCGGCCACGGUGAUCCAGCGCGCGUACCGGCGCCACCUGCUGCAGCGCUCCGUCAAGCAGGCCUCCUUCAUGUUCCGCAACAAGGAGAGCGACGGCAACGUGAUCACGGAGGACGCGCCCGAGAAGAAAGGGCUCAUCGCCGACAACCUGAACGCGAACUUCGGCCAGGGCUACGAGGACAAGGAGCUGAACCUGCCGGCGGGGUCCCCCCCUUCCUACGACAGCGUCACCAAGUCCGACAAGGACAAGAGCAAAGACGACAAGGACCCCGAUAAGGACGAGAGCGAGAAACGAGACCAGCAGAAGGAUUAGCGCGGAGUGCACGUUUGUGCCAAAGGAAAACAAAAAAAACGCAAAGGGAAAAACAAAUUUAAGAAAAUAAUUAUAAACAAAAAAUACGAGAACUUACCUGCAGGUUAGGGGCACUGGGAGGCAAUCAAUUUUAGCAAAAAUGAGACUGUACCGUAUUGAUGUUUACAGAAACACGACUACAGCGACAGAGGUCACAUGCGCAGCACUGCAAACGCCGCCCUCUUCCAACACCCCUUCCACCCCAUCCACCAAACUGCUUUUAGCUGCAAGUCACUUCAACGUAGCGUCUCUCUCCGUCUUUGAUUUUUAUUUUUAAUCCCGUCCAGCGCCAUCACCCGCUCCCCAUGCUCCACACCGCGUCCACACCACACCUACUUCUCUCGGCCAACACGGGCCCUCCCUUGAAAGUGCAAGUGUGACACGACCGCCUGCUGGCCCCCCACCCCAGGGUUAAGACCUGGGGAGCGGCGACACAAGGUGCGCGAGUGAGCGCGCGUGUACGUACGCGGCUAGCAAGGCGAAAAUGUCGGCGCGGAGCUGUGAGCAGUCCGAUGCCGUUCGGACGCUCGGCGACGGGGAUCACGACGGACGCUGGAACCAAAGCAGCAAGGCCCCCCGAGUGUUGUGACGCUCGCGACGCUACCCGGCGCGUCCUCUGCUGCCACGCGCAUGAGGCACGUUCAACAGAGUCACGCGGAUAGGGGUGGUGGUGGUGGUGGCGGCGGCGGCGGUGGUGGUGGCGGCGGCGGUGGUGGCACGUACGUUUGUUUUCACGUGAAAAUUUCCAUCGCCGUUGGAUGUCCUUUUUUCUUUUCCCGUCUUUUGUUCUCAGGUUUUUUCGUUUUGAUUUUGUCACCGCGGUCGCCGUCGACCAUUUGUAAAAGUGCCGGGGAAUGUUUUCUUUCCGGAGGUUGGGAGGUGUUUGGUUAUUUUUUUUGUUGGCGUUGUCAUCGCCCGUCGUUUGUGAGGGACGCGUUUUGUUUUUUUCUAGCUGGCGCGUCGCCGUUUUGCGGCGGCGGCUGCGAGCGUUGUUUUUGUUUGUUUUCGUUCCACGCACGUAACAGCAUGAGGCAUGCCGAGGCGUUAUGUUAAAAAAAAAAACAUGGACUGCAUGAAAUCAUGCGUUCUGAAUGUCUAAUGCAAGUUGCGAUUGACCUCUAAAAUACGUGGGCCCCACCCUACGCGAGAUGGGGAAACGCGGCGCUAUUUUGUGAUAACCGGGCAGGAAUGUCACGAAUGAAUUUCGGCGCGAGGGUGCGGAAAACGAUAGCCAAUCAUUGUGUUCCACUGUUUACCCGGUGCAAUGUUGCGUUUUGUGGUUUUUUAUUUGAGUUUGAGAUUUUUUUUUACUUUGGUUUAUCAGGGGGGGGGGGGGGAGGGUUAGGGGGGGGCUGGGCUAGGGAUGGAGUAGUCGGGUUAGGGUGGGGGGGGCGGUUGGUUACAUGGUGCCCCCCUCGUGGGGUUCACAAUUGGCGUGCAUUUUUCAAAAGAAAUUGUGCAAAACUCUCCCCCUUCCCCCCCGCUCGCCACACCAAACGGAAGGGAUGCACCCGCUGCAGCCCGCGAUGCAUACUUGUAAAUAACUAAACACUGGGCCUCGGCGCAUCGCCAACCCCUGAAAAAUGGGAUAUAUUUGUUUAAGAUUCAGCGACUGUGAAGAUGAAAUGAGCAGUAUCACUUUAUCGGGUUUUGUGGGAAGGGGGGGACCCGAGGGCUGUACAUGAGGUUAGGGUGUGCAUGUGAGUGUGUGGCACUUAAUUAGAUGGGCGGCCGUCUUUACCACAUUGGUCGUGGUGGAUGAAUCCGGGCCAUCAUCCGCCACGCCAAGCCACAGGCCUCCCCCUUAACCCCCCCCCCCCCUUCCACUCCCUCCCCCCUCUUUGUUGAUUUCCGCACUAAUACGCUAUAUUUCCAGAGCCUCGUGUGUGGGCAUUGUGCAUCAUAUACAAUCUUCCAAUUGCAUGUAUAUGUGACGUUCGGAGAAUUACAGAAAGUCAAGCCGGUUUGGCUUGUAUGCCCAAUUGGCCAAUAUAUGAAGUGACAACUAAAACCCAAUAACAUUACCACCACCAACCACCACCACUAUGAAGUUCGAACGAUACACACAAAUGUGACAGGGCCCCCUCUUUUAUGAUGUCUAUUGUUGUCACGAAGCAAUAUUGGGCACCGAAUGUGCUGCUCGUUUCCAAGUGCCCUCCUGCUAAAGGAACCAGGCAAAAUCUGUGUACAGACACACGUGUGUAAACAGCACAACUUAACAAAGUAUCUCUGCUUAUGACGUUGUCUGAUUAUGAUCUAUAUAUAAAUAGCUGUAAUAUAUCCUUUCUGUUGCAGAUUUUUGGCAGCAUGCUUCUUUGUAUAUACCAAAAAAAAAAGAAUAACACUUGUAUGAAAAUGUAUUUAAAAACAAUAACCACUGCCAUUAUUGAUUAUUUGUUUAGAUAUUAUUGUUCUACAAUUAAUUUUGUCGCCGUUAUAAUUGCUGUUAUUAUUGUUGUUAUUAACGAUGCACUUUCAUUCGAUAUAAACUUUCCAAUGCCUUGAAAAACGUACGGAAGUUAAAUCGAAAUAAUCAGGAAUUGACACUGUGACUUACCUGUCAAUUUCUUUGUUGCUGAACAAGAAGUGGCUUAAGGGUUACUUGUCUUUAGUGGAAAAUAAAAAAAGUAAAAAAAAUGUUGCUGAUGCAGAUCAAGAAGACGGGGGAACGACCGUUUGUGUGAAACGUUGAUUUUCACAAAACACUGAUAAAUAUUGAGCUUAAUUUAUCAAAGACAGAGAAAUAAGCGUCCAUUUUGCCACGAGCCACGUUUGGCCACCUUCACAUAACAAAGUCUUGUAGCUUUUCGAUCACACGGAUGCAUUUUGUGGUAAAAACUAAAAACAUUCGCGUAAAGGACAUGGCCGUCUUUAUUUGUAUGCUUUGUGUUUUAUUUGGUUUUUGAUUUAUGAUUUGUAUUUACGCGCACAAAAAAACAAGCUUUAUGCCAAGCUCAUCCUCUUAGGCCUACUAACUAGUCUAGCUAGCGUGGUAAUGAUCUGCAUGCGGGACAAUUAAACAAGAAAUAUAUCCCUUAAACGUGAAUAAUAACUGAAUCGCUGAGUAAACAAGAAUAAAAUAAGCUUUCUUUUUAUCACGAGCGGAA